UAACCCUAGUUUCUAACAAAACAUGGCCCAUAAUCAGAUACGCAGUAAAUGAAACGGUAAGCUCCAAUAGAUUUUGCCCCGUCGUGGUCCACUCAUGUCACCUACCCCGUUCAUACUGCACUGAUCACCAAAUCGUUUUUUCAAGAUUUGGUUGCUCAAAAAUCAGGGAAGAAAAUCCCAAGAAAUCUCCCACUUUCAAGGAUUAGGAUUGAAGACAGAAAAUGGCGGAAUCACCGUCGAAGACGGCGGUAUUGGACGCGCCGCUUCACACGAUAGGGUUCGAGAUCGGGGACGUCUCGCCGGAGAAAGUCACCGGCCGGCUGGUGGUGACCGAGAAAUGCUGCCAGCCGUUCAAGGUGUUGCACGGCGGGGUAUCGGCGCUGAUAGCGGAGGCGCUGGCGAGCAUCGGCGCCAACGUGGCGUGCGGGUUCCGGCGAGUGGCCGGCGUCCACCUCAGCAUCCACCACCUGAAGAGUGCCCGCGCCGGCGACCUUGUGCUCGCCGAGGCCACGCCGGUGAACGCCGGGAAGACCAUUCAGGUCUGGGAAGUGAAGCUCUGGAAGACCGAACCGGGAAACGAAGAGAAAAGGGUUCAGAUAUCGUCUUCCAGAGUCAAUCUCUUGGUUAACAUGCCGGUGCCGGAAAACGCCAAAGAUUCUCCGGCGAAUCUCAGGAAGUAUGCCAAAUUAUGACCAAAAUGAAGAGAUGAAGCAAAUAAAAUUUGAUUGUGAGUUUGAACCCUAUUAUUUGUCUUAUGUUCUCUCAAAUAAUUUGUUUCCUUAAUCCUUUGGUUUGUAAAGUCUGGACAAAUAAGGAUUGAGAUUCUAUAGUUCCUACAUAAGCCAAGAAGGCAAAAACUAUAUAUAUAUAAUCAUGUUUCAUAGUGACAUAUUGAAUUAUUUGCUAUUUUUGUGGAUUCA